UAAGUUCCGGACCCCAAGUAAUCUGUGAGUUAGAGAGAGAGAGAAAGGGAGAGUAAAAAAGAUGGACACAAGUAAAUUAGUUGCAGAGCUGAAGCUAUUCGUUGAGCAAUGCAAGUCCAAUCCUUCGAUUCUGCAGAAUCCAUCUCUUGCGUUUUUCAAGACCUAUCUUGAGAGUUUGGGGGCGCAAAUUCCACCGGCUACAACUUCAGGGAAAGGGGUUGACGGUUUUUCAGAUUCUAAAGACUUUCUUCAUGAAGAAAAACCAAACAUUGCAAGUAUGAACAAACUGGAUGAUGACAUCAUUGAGUCUGAUGUUGAGCUGGAUAAUUCUGAAACUGUGGAGCCUGACUGUGACCCUCCACAGAAGAUGGGUGAUCCAUCUAUUGAGGUUACAGAAGAAAAUUAUGAUGCUGCAAACCUAUCAAAAACCAAAGCAAUGGAAGCAAUUUCUGAAGGUAAGCUGAAUGAAGCUAUUGAACAUCUAACUGAAGCUAUCAUGUUGAAUCCACGUUCUUCCAUACUUUAUGCAACCAGAGCAAGUGUGUAUGUUAAACUUUCCAAACCAAAUGCGGCAAUUUGUGAUGCUGAGGCAGCUUUACAGAUCAACCCCGAUUCUGCAAAAGGUCACAAAAUGCGAGGAAUUGCACAUUCUAUGCUAGGCCAAUGGGAAGAGGCAGCACGUGACUUACGUGUAGCAUCAAAGAUAGAUUAUGAUGAUGAUAUUGCCAUUGCGCUCAAAAAGGUUGAACCUAACGCACGUAAAAUUGAAGAGCACGGACGGAAGUAUGAACGCUUACGAAAGGAGAGAGAGAGGAAAAAGGCUGAGCUGGAAAGGCAACAAAGGAGUGCUGAAUCUCAAGGAAAAUACAAAAAAGAAGAGGUGAACAAACCUUUCGAGAGUAAACCAGAUCCAGCAACCUUGUCUGCAUUUAGUGAUGGGCAAGUAAUCCCCAUUCACUCUUUAAGUGAACUGGAGCCAAAGUUGAGUGCUGCUUCAAGGGCAUCCCGAUUGGCAGUCCUCUACUUCACAGCGACAUGGUGCGGACCUUGUCGCUUCAUUUCUCCCGUUUUUACAACCUUGGCUGGGAAAAACCCAAAAGUUGUUUUCUUAAAGAUAGACAUUGACGAAGCUAGAGAUGCAGCAUCAAAGUGGAACAUCAGCAGUGUACCAGCCUUUUAUUUUGUUAAAAACGGAAAGGAAAUUGAUAAAGUUGUGGGGGCAGAUAAAGGUUCACUAGAGAAGAAGAUUCUCCAGCAUGCUGGAUCGUCAUAAAUUUUUUAUAUAUUGAUCUUCUUGUUGAUUGUUCUCGAAAUAUUCUGGUUGUGAGUUGUUUAACCAAACCGCUUAUCUAUUGGUGUUUAGUUAUCGUUAUGGGUGAUUUAAAGAUGAUUGAUUUCAAACAUUUUAAGCGGUAUUAGAUAUUAA